AUGAAUCCAUGUAUAAAAAUUACAAACAGAAAACAAUUUGAAUGUUUGGUUGCAUGUAUGGCAGAAAACGUUUACUUGGCUAGAAAUGUUAUGCCAAAUAAAGACGAUUAUAGGAAAAUUUGGAAAAGUAUUUCAGAUAAGCUUAACAGCUUAGGAUCACCCAUAAAAACAAUGUCGGAGUGGCAGAAGGUAUGGACAGAUAUGAAAUUAAAAGUAAGGAAAAAAAUAGGUGUCAAUAAAAAAGAAUUGAAGGCAACCGGGGGUGGGUUGAAUAAAUUAUAUGAAUUCACUUCUUUAGAAGAAGAAAUUGUAAGAAUCUUGCAACUGGAUAAAGUAGCAAAUUCAGGUGGAGAAAUUUUUGGUCUAGAAGAGGACGUACAACGAGAUAUCUCAUCUGAAAUGGUCACAGAAAUAAUUGACAUUUCUAGCAGCAACAAUGAGAGUUUAUUUGAAAUGUUGGCAGACCAAAUGUUAUCAAAUGUAACAGCCAAUGUCUUAACUGAAGUUGAAGAUUAUAACAACAAAAGCAAUAAAAAUAUUAAUGAUGAUAAAUUGAUGGUUUCACUGAAGAUGAUCGUACUGUAG